GCGCGGGGGCUGGGCCGGGCCGGGCGGGGAUGGAGCCGCUGACCUGGAAGUAACGAGGUGGGGCUGGGUGUGCUGGGAGCUGCCACCAUCCUCGUGCCCAGGCCGCCCGGCUGGGGGCAACCAGCAGGGCUGUAAAGCUCGUCCCUCGGUGCGGCUGUCUCCGGGGCACCAGGGCCCGGGAUCUGGCAGGGCUGUGGGGCCGGGUCCGGGGUGCGGCUGGCUCUGGGACACACCAGGGGGUUGGCUGGUGCCCAGGUGCAGCAGGAUCUGGGGGCCUGGGAACCACCAGGCCUGUGGGGCUGGGUCCCAGGUAUGGCUAGCUCUGGAGGGGAGCUGAGAGCCCCCACAGCAGUGUGGUGGGUGCCUGGGUACAGCUGGCUCUGGGGGGGACCUGGCAGGGGCAGGGCUGGGCCAUGGGCCCCUGGCUUCCAUCUCCACACCAGGCUCCUGCAGGGUCUAAAGUCCAGGUCCCGGCGGAAGCAGCGCCUAGGCCUGGCACUGGCUGGUGCCUUCUCUCGGGGUGGGGACCCACAUCUCCUGCCGUGCUCCCCUGCGGGGUGGGCACUGGGGAAGGUGCCCCCGGAGCUGCAGGAGCCGGUGUACACGGACCAGUAUGCGCAGGAACACGUGAAGCCACUGGUGACGCGCCUGCUACUGUCGGCCGAGCUGCUGUGCCGUGCCUGGCGCCAGGGCCUGCCCGGGACCGAGGCGGGGGGGGCCCCCCGUGACCACGUUGCCCUCCUGGCCCUGCUGGCCCAGCGUGGCCUGGCUCCUGCGCUGCACGGCCGCCCCGUCACCACUGCUGACCUGCACCACGCGCCCCUCAACAUGGGUGCCCACCUGGCUGUGAUUGACUCACUCAUGGUGGCGUUUGCCACAGAAGCCACGAGCUCACUACCCACGCCCCCUGGCAUGGACACAUGGCCUGAUGCCUGGGAGCAGAAGCUGCUGUGCUGGGUGGACAUGGUGACCCGCAGGCUGCAAGACAGCACAGAGCGGGAGAGCUCCCAGCGCCCUGCCCCGGGCACCGAAGGGCUGGCCCAGUCCUCAGCCCCCGGCCACAAGUGUCCCACCCGGUGGUACUGGAAACUGGUUCCUCAUGCCAUCGCUUUUUGUUUGAAGGAGUCGGGGAGUAAACCUCCUGUGAUCCGGUACCGGAAGGACAAGGUGCUGCCCACACAGGCACCCUGUUUCCCUGCCAUCACUGGCCUGCAGGACCUGGCCAGUGGUGCUGCCCUGGCAGCCAUGCUGCACUACUACUGCCCCCAGCUUGUGCGCCUUGAGGGUGAGCUGGAGGGGGGGCCAAUUCUCUGGGCGCUGUACAACCUGCAACUGCUGCAGGACUUCUGUGCCCGGCGCCUGGGAGGAGGCUGCCCGCUGGCCUUGGAGGACCUGCUCUACAUGCCCCCUGCCCUCCGGGUGAACAUAGGGGCCUUCCUGGCCGAGCUCUUCCUGUGCUUUGAGGUGCUGAAGCCCGACUUCGUGCGGCCCCGUGACCUAGGAGACCUCAGAGACUCCCCAGGGCUGAGCGAUGCCCUGACUCCCAACAGCUGCGGCAGCAACAGUGGCUCCCCCGUGUUCAGCUUCCGGCACCCAUUCUUCCCUGGGGCAGCAGCACUGUCCCCACUCCGUGGAUCACCUGGUGAGAGACCCCCUGGCAGGGUGGAAGGGGCUCUGGCCUGGUUCCUUCUGCUGGAGCCUGGCCCCAUUGGGGCCACCCGUGGGCCCCAGUCCCUUUUUGGGUGGAUGUGCAGUGGGGCCAGUUUUCACCACUCAUGCCCCCUCCUUUCCUUCCCCAGCAGCCACCCGCUGUCGCAGGCAGUGUCGUUCAGCAUCCCCUUUGGGCUGGACAGCGACGUGGACAUUGUGAUGGGCAACCCCGUGGGACUGCUGCGCUCAGCCAGCUCCGACAGCCUGGCGCCACCCCGGCGUGCCCGCUCCCCUGCCCCAGCCUCAACCCCAGUCACCCGUGCCAUCCACAAACUCCCUCUGACCCCCAAGGUGGCAGCAGUGGCCGGGGGGGCCGCAGAGCCCCCACUGGAGAAUGGGUUGACUGAGGCGCUGGGUGAGCUGCCCACCAUUGAGGAGGCACUGCAGAUCAUCCACAGUGCCGAGCGCCUGGUGCCUGAUGGCGCCCCUGCCGGCUUCUACCUGCACUCACCUGAGCCCUCAAAGGCACCCGAACCACUGCCCAUGGCCUCCCCCCGCACCCGCCACGGGCCCCCAAAUGGUGACGAUGCCAGCUCCCCCAGCUCGGGCUCCUCAGGCGGCUCGGGUGUGCGCAUGACCAGCUUUGCUGAGCGCAAGAAGAAGCUGGCGGCAGGCGCAGGGCAAGAAGCAGGUCCAGAGCGGGUGGCAGAGCUGGGCCCAGCAGGCAGCGCAGCACUGAGCUCAGAGAUGAGUGAGCUAGGUGCCCGGCUGGAGGAGAAGCGCCGUGCCAUCGAGGCCCAGAAAAAGCGCAUUGAGGCCAUCUUUGCCAAGCACCGCCAGCGCUUGGGCAAGUCAGCCUUCCUGCAGCUGCGGCGUCAUGAGGCUGGAGAUCCCGUGGCCCAGCCACCAGCACCACCACUGCAGGGGGGAGAUGAGCAGGGAGCACCACCCGGACUUCCACAGCCACGCCAAGUCAGCUUCUGCCCAGAGCCGGGGGGCACCAAGACGGAGGAGGAGCUGGGCGACUACAAUCGAGCAGUGGCCAAGCUCAACACAGCACUGACGUCACUGCAGCUGGACAUGCAGCGCCUGAGUGCACAACAAGAGCGCCUCCUGCAGGACAAAAGGCCCAGCCAAGCCUGGGUCAUCCCAGCCCCGAAGGGCAAUCGCCCGCCCCCCACCUCUGCAGCCUCCUCACCCCCCCGCCGCCCACCCAGAGCUGUGGUCACAGCUGCCCCCCGCUCCCCGCAGCCAGUGCCCCGGAGCCGCACAGCACCUGCAGCUACCCCCAAGAGUCCCAAGCGGGCACGGCCAGUGGAGCUGAAGUUGCCACCACUUACACGGGUUCUGACACCGCCACAGAAUGUUGACACGCUGCCGCAUCUGCGCAAGUUCUCAUCCAGCCAGGUGCCUGUUCAGACCCGCUCCUCCAUCCACUUCUCCGAGGAUGAGGGGGAGGCUGAGGUGCCUGAGCCCCCAGCCCAGCCCCAGCCAGAGUCACCUGAUCCAGGGCCAAGGGGCGGGCCAAGAGGGGUGGGGGGGCCACGGGCAUGUGGGGAUGGUACCAGUGAUGCCUCAUCGCCUGGGGAGCCACGCAGCAGCUUGGUGGAAGUACCACUGGGCAGCCUGCAUACCGGCAGUGACAGUGAUGAGGACAACGGGGCCGACUCCCUCGAGGGCUCUGUGACUGAAGGGCUGGAGCCUGAGCCCCGUCCCAGCCUCGGCUUCUACUUCAAGGCUGAGGCAGAGGCAGCAGUGGAGGCGGAAAUGGCGCAGAAGCGGGCCAGCCUGCUGGAGCGGCAGCAGCGGCGCAGCGAGGAGGCGCGCCAGCGCCGGCAGUGGCUGGAGGCAGAGCAUGAGCAGCGGCGCGAGGAGGCACCACGGCUGGAGGUGGAGGAGCAGAGCCGGGCGCCGGCACCAGUGCUGGAGCCAGAGGAGAGUGCGGCAGGGCUGGCCUCAGGGGGUGUUGUGGGAGCUGGGGGCCGGCGCGGAGCUUUCACACGGCAGGAGCACCAGCGGCGUCAGCAGCUCAAGCUCAUGGAAGACCUGGACAAGGUGCUGCGGCCCAAGGCACCUGGUGCCCGGCCCCACCGGCGUGGCCGCCCCCGCACCGUCUGUGAUGACUCUGCCCUGGCCCGCAGUCCCCCCAAGGGCCUGCUCGGUGCACGGCUGAGCAAGGUGUACUCCCAGUCCACCCUGUCCCUGUCCACUGUGGCCAACGACCACAGCAAUGCCCUCGGUGUCAAGCAUCCGUCCAGGGCAGCAUCGCCCGUGUCUCCAAGCCGCCUCCUGAGCACCCAGAGCCGCGAGCGGGACUGGGAGAAUGCGUCCACCGCCUCCUCGCCUGCCUCUGUGCCUGAGUACACAGGUCCAAAGCUAUACAAGGAGCCAAGCGCCAAGUCCAACAAGCACAUCAUCCACAACGCACUGGCGCACUGCUGCCUGGCCGGCCGUGUCAAUGAGCCCCAGAAGAACCGUGUGCUUGAGGAGAUUGAGAAGAGCGCGGCCACUCACUUCCUGAUCCUGUUCCGUGACGGCGGGUGCCAGUUCCGGGCAUUGUAUGCAGCAGGCACUGAGGGCGAGGGGUUGACGCGCCUGGCAGGCUGUGGCCCCCGCGCCGUGGCCCCCACUAUGAUUGAGGGAGUCUACAAGUACAGCUCAGAUCGCAAGCGCUUCACACCCAUCCCCUCACGCUCGCUCUCCAUGAGCGUCGAUGCCUUCACCAUCCAAGGCCACUUCUGGCAGGGCCGCAAGCCGCCCACCCCCAAGAAGCCAGGGACCCCGAAGUAGCCCCUGGCCAGCACUGAGCUAGCCCUGGGUCCUGAAGCCCAGCCCCUGCCUGCUGGUGACCCCACUCCCUGGACUGUGGGGGUGGGGCAGGGCCUGGACACUUGGGUUCCUAAGCUGAGUCCCCACUCUGGGGUCCUGGCCUGCUGGACUGCAGCGGGCAGGGCAGGACCCGGACACCUGGCUUCUGAAGCUAAGCCCCCCAUGCCAGGCUGCUGUGGGUGGGGCAGGGCCUGGAUGCCUGGGUCCUAGAGGCUCUGAGCUGGGCACAUGCCAGGGGGUGCUAGGGUCUGGUGGAAACUGCCAAAUCCCCUUACGAGCCCUACGGUCAGAGGGUGUGGGGGGUCCUGCCUACUACCCCCCUGGGGGGGCUUUUGCUGCCUGCUGAUUGGAGUCCUAGUGCCCUUAGGGGUCUGUGUCUGUUGGAUGAAGCUGCACGUGGAGGGGGAGGGGUUGGGUCAGAGUCGUGUCCUGCGUCUUGUCGGGUGUCGGCGCUUCUGCACCGGUGAAGGAGGGUGUGUGUCUCUUGUCUGUUUGUCUGUCUGUCUGUCUGCCUGCCCCCCCCACCCUUGCCUACUGGGGAGUGGAGCCUAGGGGGUUGCAUUGGGUUGGGGGGGGGGGCCCUAUGCUGAUC